CUGUGGCAGGAUCAGUUUGGAACAGGCGAUGUCAGGUGCAUAGGAACGUUAUCUGUCUACAUUACUCAUUAUUCGUAAACAUUAGAAACGUCCGAAAGGCUUAUGUGCUCCGAGCAGCUUGAUCUCCGAGAAGGGGUGUUUAGUGAGUCAGUCGGCGUUGAAUCCAUUCCCGUUCUGCUCCAUCAAUAUGGGCGUGAUCAGUGUGCAGCUGGUGGUUACCAUGGUGAUGGCCAGCGUGAUCCAGAAGGUCAUCCCGCACUACUCCCUGGCAAGAUGGCUGCUCUGCAGUGGCGGUCUUCGGUGGUACCAGCACCCCUCAGAUGAUGAGCUGCGCAGCCUGGCUGGAAAACUCCAGAAGGGAGGGAAGAGCAAGAAAGACAGGAAGUAUAACGGGCAUAUAGACAAUAAGCCUAUGACCAUUCCCAAGGACAUCGACCUCCAGCUGGAGACAAAAUGUAUUGCCGAAGUGGACACAUUAGCACUUCAUUAUUUCCCAGAAUUCCAGUGGCUGGUGGACUUCACGGUGGCUGCUACGGUGGUGUACCUCAUCACCGAGCUCUACUUCUGCGUGGCAGAGCCCAGUGGCGAGAUGAACAUCAGUGUGGUGUGGUGCCUGCUGGUCCUGGCCUUUGUCAUUAAGAUCCUGUUCUCGCUGACGGCUCACUACUUCAGGCUGGAGGAGGGCGGCGAGCGCUCCCUCUGCAUCACCUUUGCCUUCUUCUUCUUUGUCAAGGCCAUGGCCAUCCUCAUAGUCACGGAAAACUACCUGGAGUUUGGCCUGGAGACAGGGUUUGCCAAUUUCUCAGAAAGUGCUGUGCAGUUUCUGGAGAACCAAGGGCUUCAGUCCCAGGGCCCCAUAUCCAAGCUCACCUUUAAGCUGAUACUGGCCCUCCUCUGCUCUCUGAUUGGAGCGUUCCUCACCUUCCCCGGCCUGCGAUUGGCCCAGAUGCAUCUGGACGCCCUCACGCUAACCACGGGCAAAGUCACGCAGACGUUCCUGCAUAUCAACUUCUUGGCCCCUCUGAUCAUGGUUCUGCUGUGGGUGAAGCCGCUGACCAAGGACUAUAUCAUGAACCCCACCCUGGGGAAGGAGGAGAGCGUGCCUUUGAUGAGUGAGGCGACGUUUGACACGUUGCGCCUGUGGCUGAUCCUGCUGCUGUGUGCGCUGCGCCUGGCCAUGAUGCGGCACCACCUGCAGGCCUACCUCAACCUGGCCAAGAAGGCCGUGGACACCAUGAAGAAGGAGGCCGGCCGCAUCAGCACCGUGGACCUGCAGAAGAUGGUGGCGCGGGUCUUCUACUACCUAUGUGUUAUUGCACUCCAGUACGUGGCACCGCUCGUCAUGCUACUGCACACUACUCUGCUGCUAAAAACUUUAGGCGGUCACUCAUGGUGGGUGUACCCCGAAGAGGACCAGCCUUGCCCUUUCGAUGGUAUUAACUCUGAGUCAGCCUCUGUGGUAACAACAGAAGCGCCAUCGCUGGCCUCCACCACCACCACCAGCAGCCCAGGGACCACGGCGGCGUCGGUGGCCCAGCUGUCGGUGGCCCUGGGCGGACUGCGGACGGUCUUCAGCCCCCUUCUGUUCCGCGGCCUGCUCUCCUUCCUCACCUGGUGGGUGGCCGCCUGCCUCUUCUCCACCUCCCUCUUCGGCCUCUUCUACCACCAGUACCUGAUGGCUGCAUAGCGUAGCACCCAGGGAGGGGGGGCUCCACGUCUCGGCUCCCGGGUCCGAACCAACCCGACUGGAGUGGACUGGGACUGGGCCGGGAACUGGACUUGGACUGGACUGGACGUGCCCUGGAGGCUGGAAGGGAAGGGAGUGUUGAGAGGAAGAGGAGUUUUUUUCCGAGCCGUGUUGGACGGACUCUGGAUUCACUCUCUUCUACUACUCAUUUUUCACUCCUGGUACUACCCCCCUUCCCUUCCCUUUUUCUCACCAUGUCAUCAUAUCAGCCCAGCUCUUCUACGAUGUGCUUCCUCCACUGACUCUUAGUUUGUUUGUUUGUUGUUUUUAAAGUCGAUUUCCAGUUGUGACUUAACGCGUCACAAAGAAAACAGGACUUGCUUAUAUUAUAUUGACUAUAAUAUCGUUUCUCAAUCGUCAUGACGGUAACCGGCGAAGUAAUAACCGUAACAGUAAUAAUUGUUAACAACUGGAGAAUCCGCCAGAGAGGAUAUUUAUGGAUUGAUAAUGGCCUUCAGGGCAAUUUGGCGGAAGUUUUCUGAGGACUCGCUGAUUGGUGGAGAAGGCUGAGGAGGAACUGAAGAGGAGGGGGAACUGAAGUUCAGGGCUAAAGGGACACUCCAGAAAUAAUAAUGUGCAUGAGGUUUUAAUUUGCGCGGGGGGGAUCUUUUGGCAGGAGCACCCAGAUGGAGGCCCCACAUUGGCAUUGCCUCAUUAUUAAAAACAAUAUUUAUAUUCUUUUUCAAAUGUGGACAAUGAAGAGGUUUUUUUAAUCAUUUUUUUGUAAAUUGUUUUUGUCCAUUGUAGAUAGUCGAUUAGAUUGGAAUGGAAUGAGCAGAUAACAGGAAGUUGUUUCUUAUAGGUCAUAGUCAGAAGCUCCGCCCCACUUCGGUUUGCCUGAUGGGAGAAGGGAGCUUUUGGAUAAGUGACUGAAUAGGCGUUUGCGUGUGCAUGGGUGUACGUACGGCUGAGAAUUAAUUUGCAGAAUGUGUGUGCCUUCAUUGAGCAUCAAGCUGUGUGUGCGUGUGCGUGUGCGUGUGUGUGUGUGUGAGUGUGAGAGAGAGAGAAAAAGACUGACUGUUGGUUGGUGUAUGUGUGUGUGAGAGAGAGAGACUGUUGGUUGCUGUGUGUGUGUGUGUGUGUGUGUGUGUGUGUGUGUGUGUGUGUGUGUGUGUGUGUGUGUGUGUGUGUGUGUACAUACAUUGCUGUGAAAAUAAAGUCAGAGUUUGUACGCCCUCGGGCUGCAAGUAACUCCUGCUGUUUUCGGGGAGUGGAGAAGCAAAAAAAAGGGCAUUUUGAUCAAUGAAAUUGGCAUGUAGAGCUGCACUGCAAACAUACUACGUAUUAAAGAGAUGUGUUUUUUUCUCUUUCUUUUUUUUUGAGAGUCUUUUUCUCUUUUUGUUUCUGAUCCACAUCCCGGCUCUCAGGCGGAGCCGUUUCUGCUUCUCUGAAUGCGGUACCCGCAAAGAGCCUAGUAGCCCACAGUGUGUGUGUGAGCGUGUGUGUGAGCGUGCGUGUGUGUGAGCGUGCGUGUGUGUGAGCGUGCGUGUGUGAGAGCAUGAGUGUGUGUGUGAGCAUGAGUGUGUGUGUGAGCGUGAGUGUGUGUGUGAGUGUGAGUGUGUGUGUGUGAGAGCAUGAGUGUGUGUGUGUGAGUCUGUCUGUCUCUCCGUCAGCACGUCGGUCAUUAAGUGUAGCCUUCAGCUUAGGUGAAAUGAUGUGUUUUGUGGGUUGCAUUGGGAGCUUGUGGUUGAGCUGAGUCUUGUUGAGUCUUACCUGCUGUGCUGAUACAGUGUCUUAACCUUUAGCAAAGGUGCCAAUAAGCAACAAGUCCACUGAAGGUGAUCAGGAUCAGCAAACUCCCGUCAGUCACCUGAUGUGAGGAAGUGGGCUUUAGUUCAGCAUCACACAGUCACAGGAAGAUCAGGGGCACUUCAAGUGUGUGUGGGUGUGUGUGUGUGUCUUCUUCCAUCUUUGUUCUCGUGUGUGUGUGUGUGUGUGUGUGUGUGUGUGUGUGUGUGUGUGUGUGUGUGUGUGUGUGUGUGUGUGUGUGUGUGUGUGUGUGUGUGUGUGUGUGUGUUCCAUCCAUCUCCAUUCCUGUGUGUGGUGUGUGUGUGUGUGUGUGUGUGUGUGUGUGUGUGUGUGUGUGUUUAAGGCACAUGUCAUUAAUUAAAGCAGGCAGCCCAUACUGGGUGUUGAGCGGUGUUUUUUAACCCUUUCAUUUCAUUUCAUUUCGGUAGAACGACCGGAUGCAAAAUAGGCGGAACGGUUAUGUUGUUACAAUCAUAUCAGAUGACUGAUGUAUCGUCUUAUUUUGUUCUUUCGUUGAUUUUAGCUGAAACGUUUUUAAAAUGUAUUUGAACUCUUUCGUUUGAAAGGGUUUGGGAAAGUCUUAUCCUCGCUCUCUUUCAAAGACUGAAGAGGAAGCACACACUAUGAAUGUAAUGAUCCUGCCUAUUUUGUUUCUUUUAAAUAUUAAUUUCUAUCUGUAACAAUGUUUUUUUUAAUUACAUGUGAAUCAAUUGAUUAACAGGGAUAAUGAAAGAAUAUCCCACAACCUGACCUUGGGUUUGACCUGUACAACAAAUGGUUCUCACCAGUCUGACUGGACAUUUUGUCACCUACGUCAACUAACUACUGAUUUGCCUGAUGCAGGGGAAAGUAAACAAAAAACCCCACUGAAACCAACACGGUGUAGAAGCAUGCCUUGACUUUUGAGUCCCAAUGCAGAAUGUCAGUAUUGAAGGAAAACUCUGUUGUGUACCCAGGCCUCCUUGGGUCUGUUUUUUGUUUUUAGAGCAAUUCAGGUUUGUCUUGACUUUUUUCGUUGUAUGUUGGCAUGCAAAUCAACUCAACAAUUUUCCCGUGUCCGAAGUUUCCGUUAAAAAAAUCUCUUGUACUGGUCUGGGUGCUCAAACAUCAACCGUGUUCAUGGUGACUUUGAAGCCACUGUUGGUCACAAAUCAGGUCACUACCGUAUUCCACGUAUUAUACCUAUCCCCCUCUUCCAUGAAGGAAAGAAAAGAAAAUACUAAUGUCCUUAUUUUCAAAAAUUGAUUUUAUUUUUUAAAAAUUGCUAUAAACAUAUGCAUCUAUACGUUUCUAACCCAAAUGCCAAAUAAUAUUCUGAAACGGUGUCUUUUGUUUAAGCCACUAGGGUUCCUUCUUGAUUUGUUUGUCUCCAUUUUCUUUUUGUUCACAUCAAAGACAAAUCAGCUGUACAUUAGAAUCAUUUCCUUUCUUGUUUUUAUUUCUUCCCCAUUGAGGGUUUUUUUAUUUUCUUUUUUUAGUUUUGAAAAAGCCUAAAAAGAAAACUUUUUACAAUCCAUCAGCCUUGGCGGCUUUGUUUGUCUUACUUGAGUGUGUUUUUAUUUCCAUGUUGAUGUUGAUGUUUCUCUGUAUUUAUUACACCCCUGUUUAGUUUGUUUUAAUAAAUGACUAUUAAGAAAAACAAA